AUGGGAAAAGCAUCAAGGGACAAGCGGGAUAUUUACUACAGGAAAGCCAAAGAGGAAGGAUGGCGUGCACGAAGUGCCUUCAAAUUGCUUCAGAUUGAUGAGGAAUUUAACAUAUUUGAAGGGGUAAAGCGUGUGGUUGAUUUAUGUGCAGCACCUGGAAGCUGGAGCCAGGUUUUGAGUCGAAAACUAUACCUGCCAGCAAAGCUGUCACCUGAUUCCAACAAUGGUGAUCUACCACUUAUUGUGGCAAUAGACUUGCAGCCUAUGGCUCCUAUUGAAGGCGUUAUUCAAGUUCAAGGGGACAUUACAAAUGCAAGGACAGCUGAAACUGUAAUUCGGCAUUUUGAUGGGGGCAAGGCUGACCUUGUUGUGUGUGAUGGGGCACCUGACGUAACUGGCCUGCAUGACAUGGAUGAAUUUGUUCAGUCUCAACUCAUUUUAGCGGGACUUACCAUAGUUACACAUAUACUGAAAAUAGGUGGAAAGUUCAUUGCAAAAAUAUUUCGAGGAAAGGACACUAGUUUACUUUAUUGUCAGCUAAAAUUAUUCUUCACGGAGGUCACAUUUGCUAAACCGAAAAGCAGUCGUAACUCAAGCAUAGAGGCUUUUGUAGUUUGUGAGAAUUACUUGCCUCCCGAAGGCUUUAACGAAAAAGAUCUACACCGACUCCUUGAGCAAAUUGGAAGUCCUUCGGGUGCCGAUGAUCUAGAUUGUAGCAGUGGGUGGCUGGAAGGGCCGAACAAGGUUUAUAUUCCGUUUCUGGCAUGUGGUGAUCUCAAUGGUUACGACUCGGAUCGUUCGUACCCACUUCCUAAGUCAGCUGAUGGAACUUACCGGAGCUUGGAUCCGGUACAACCCCCUAUUGCACCACCAUACAAGCGUGCUUUGGAGUUGAAGAAAGCUGCAAAUCAUGGUACUCAAGGCCUUGAAAAGCUUUCCCUUGAUUCUUGA